AUGGCAGGACGCCUAUUUGCUAUGCACUCUGAAGGUGAACAAAUGAAAUUUUUGGCUGAGAAUAUUGUGUUUCACUCUAGGAUUAUUUGCGAAAAGAUCUUUAAUACUCAGUCUAUGUUGUGGUCUCGCGUCCAAGUUCGGGUGGAUUUCGAACCUAGUUCCUCGGGUACAGGACAGAAAUACCCAACCAGUACGCAUCUCCCGUCAGAUUCUUGCGGAGAGGCGGAAUGCGCUUCAGAAAAGGUCGGUGCCUCAGGCCAACCUGAAGCAGAGCACGCGAUUUGGAAGCCCGUCAAGUCAGGUGUUGUUGAAAGUUCAUCAUGGAAGGGUUGGCUUCCGCACCAAAGCCACCAUCGUGCUGGAAUUUUGGUCAAGUUGUGUCUUGAGAAUAUUGGACAGAUGGUGCAAUUUCGAAUAUAUCCGUCACGGAAUUCGCCCACUGCCUGUCCCUUUAUCUGCAGCUCCUUUGGCAAUUUGCAGCUCUCGAGGACACUAUCUGAGGCGAAAGAUCGGCUUUGCGUGUGGACUUGUCGUCAUUGCAGCACCGACAGCAUAUCAACAAUGGCAGACGGUCUUAGAGUCCGGACACGCUGGAGCAAAACAAUUGGAGGAGCAGUGCGCGAUAGGAAAAUGCAUCCUCCGGCGUUGAAGCUAAUACCGUGA